AUGGAUUUACUUAAAAAACUAAGCACAAUAUCAGAGGCUGACUCCGGGCAAGAGCACUAAAUUAACUUAAUUAAGAUUAUAUGAGAAUUUCCUGUGAUACCUCCUAGUUAUUUUACCCCACUCUUGAUUUGCUUUAUGCUGUCUGCCUUUCGGCUAUAUCUCCUCCGAAAUGUAGGGAUCCACACUUCUCAGAGUAUAGUGGGACAGGCCACCAUACCCUGUAUCAAGUAUGCAUUGACUUUCAGAAAAUUCGAAAAAUAAAUAUUCUGAUUGGGUUGCCGAUUAAUCUAUUAUCGCACUCGAUUGCCCAGUUUACAAAAUAUGCUUUGCUGGGCAUAUUUUUCUAACUUCACGAUCCACCAAACUAAGUAAAACUUGGCCAGAUACACAAUGCCGGGUGCUUUUAUCCCUUCCACAACAUCGCCAGAUCACUUCGGCUACAGAUUUCGGUUUUUCCAUGCCUUUUUAAUGUAUGUCGGGAGAUCACAGUCCUGGAUUAUCUCCACAAGGGUCUCAAUUAACUGUAAAGAGCCGUAAAACUGUCGAAAAUUUUCUAUCUCUAAUAUCCGAAGAAGAGCAAGAAAUCGAUCCACCUUCACCUCAUGAAGGCAAAAUUACUACGACUUCUAUAAAUAAAAUUUCUAUCGAGCGACUCUCAGAGCCAAACCAAAUUAUAAAGAUAAUUAAAAUCGAGGAAGAAAGUAUGGAGCCUUUGGUUAACUCGAAAAUAAUUCAUAACAACAACUGCUCCUGUACAUGUUCUGUAUUUUAA